AUGCACGGGGACACAGGCACGAGCGUGCCCGAGUGGUUUGUCAAUCUCCCAUUGUCAGAUCCUAGAUGUAGGAAUGACUCCUGUGCGGCCUUCAAACAAGCGCACACCGCUUCGCAAAAGCAAAUAAGCUGGGCGUCACAAUUCGAGUAUGGAAGGUACACCACAUGGUUCUAUGUUGGAAUCGUUGGUCUUUUUGUCUUCGCCAGAUUGCUUCAUGUUCAGGCCGAUCGAAAAGCGUGUAGCGAAGCUGUUGGGCUGAAGCAUAAACUCAAGGCUGCGAUCCGCUUCGUAUCCUACCGUAGAAUAUCUGGGCGAGUUGGAGUGUACCUAGGUUUGCCAUCGAUCGGCGUCUUGAUAUUGAUUCUCGUCUCCUUCAUAGUUGCGACGGCCAUGAGUUUCACUCAACGACCUUACUACAGAGGCAGCAGGCUGUACGGCUCCCCUCCGUUAGGCGUUCGCGCUGGCUUGAUGGCUGCUGCGUUAAUACCUUUGAUCAUAGCGUUGGGAGGCAAGGUCAACCUAGUGACCAUGCUAACGGGCAUCGGUCACGAGAAACUAAAUGCUUUACAUCGAUGGGUGGGAUGGAUCAUGUUCUUCUUAUCCACCGUGCACGCAAUUCCAUUCUUUGUCCAGGAAAGCAAGGAAGGACUUUUGAGGAAAAAGUUCUACGCUCAAGGUUCGCUCGAGUUCACGGGAACGCCGACGUACGCGAUCUGCUUUUUUCUCGUGGCGUUCUCAUUACCCUCCCUUCGACGACGUUUCUAUGAAACCUUUGCAUACAGCCAUAUCCUGGGUGCAAUCGUCUUUUUUGGUCUCUGUUUCUGGCACUUCGCAAACUUGCGUGAUUCGUGGUACUACCUCUAUGGCGCUCUCGCCGUCUGGCUUUUCCAACUUCUCGGCCGUAUCUUCUGGAAGACCUCGACUCUCAAAAUAUCGGAGAACUGGUUCGGGGGCCUACCGACCGUGGCAUAUCGUCUAUCGGGGGACAUGGUGAAAUUGGAAGUCUUCGUCCCUGAAGAUUGGAUGUGGCGGCCAGGACAGCACGUGUUCUUGCGGUUUCCGCAGCUCAACCCUUUGGACAACCAUCCCUUUACUAUUGCCUCUAUACCGAGCACGCAGUGCGAAAGCGAGAAGGACUCUGGAAACGUAAUGACGUUCCUUGUGCGAGCCCAGAGCGGUUCUACGAGGAAGUUGCUGUCUUGGCUGGAGAAGACCUCCGAGGCAAGACUUUCGACAAUCGUGGAGGGGCCGUACGGCACUGUCGCUCGGCGUUACGAAAACUGGGCAGAGGAGGUCGUCUUGGUCGCCGGCGGGAAUGGUAUCAGCGCCUGCUUGCCCUACUUGCUGCAUUUGAUCAGGGCCAUGCGCAAGAAAAGCUGUGUGACAAGGCGAGUGCGUGUGCUGUGGAUGCUGCGACGUUCUGAACAUUUCACGUGGGUGAGCAAGGAAGUCCACCAGGCUCUACGAGAUGCGCCGGAAGGCAGCGUCUGCAUCCAUCUUUACGUCACGGAGCCAAAAGAAUCCGAUCCUUUCCAAGGGCUGGCAGGGAGAAUGACCGAUUGCGCAGUGGACUCAGAGGAACAGGUCAAAGGACUGCGGAAGCAUUAUGCGGGACGACCAGAUCUUCACCAGCUGCUGCCGCAAAGUGUUGACACGAGAUCAACCGCUGUCAUUGCUUGCGGCCCUGAUAGUCUCAAGAUCGACGUGAGCAACGCGACAGCAAGACUGCAGACAAAGGUGUUGCAUGGGCAAGCGUCCGAGAUCAGUCUUCAUACGGAGAUGUUCGAUUGGUAG